GCUGCUAUAGCUUCUUUAAGUUCUUCUCCCUUCACUUCUUUCUCCACUUGAAAAUACACUUAAUUAUAACUUCUUAUUUUAGCACUCUUCUCGAGACAUAGGAAAAAUGAUUCAUAAGCCUUCAGCAGAAUAAGAAAUUUAAGAGAAUCAACAAAGCUGAGAGUCGGAUCCAGAAUUUGAGGAAGUCAGAACCAAUAGGGUUAGACUGCUAAUCUUCUCGAGUAGCUUGAUUCUAUAUUCUUUCUUUUUUUUUCAAGAAAGAUUCUAAGAAAAGUUGAUGAUGGGGAUAGGUAUAAGGGCAAUGAUUCGACAAGCUAAGAAUAAUGUUCUUGUCCGAUCUAGAAAAGAGUUGGCUGCAGAAAUAAUACCCAAAGGACACGUGGCAGUAUAUGUAGGAGAGAGCCAUUACAAGAAGCAUAGGAGGUUUGUAGUACCAAUUUCAUAUUUGGAACAUCCUUUAUUUCAAGAAUUGUUGAGGAAAGCAGAGGAUGAAUAUGGAUUUAAUCAUCCAAUGGGUGGUCUUACUAUCCCAUGCAGUGAAAAUACAUUCCUCACUAUCACUUCUCAUUUGAAUCUCAUCAGUAAAUGUCAAUAGUGAAGAAUAUUAUUUUGUUAGCUGUACAUGCUGGCGGCUUCAAGAGUGGCUUGAUGUUCUUAUUGCUGAACUCAUUGUACUUUUUUAAAAAUUAUGAGUUCAGAAUUAAAUAUUUAUUGUAAUUUAGUGGUUUUUUCACUUAUACGUCUAAAUUUUAUGUAAAAGAAUUAUGAGUUCAUCAGCUGAAUUCAUACCUUCUUAAUUAAAUCCACACUGAGUACCUGCAUGCCUAUAUACAUUCUUCCAAUAUUUUUAGUCAAAUUCUCUAGCACAAUGUAGCAUAUUGUGUGUUCUAGGAUCAUUAUUUGGUGUGCUGUUAUUGCACUAGACGGGCAAUGUAUAUGGUUUUUUUCACAAUUUUGAAAAA